AUGGGAAGAGAGCGAAAGAGCGAGAGACAGACAGAGACAGAAGAGGAGCGAGAAAGGAGGAAUACAACCAAGGAGUAUGUGAGGGCGGGGCAGCUCGCUUACAAGCGAACACAAUCAGACAUCAAGCUAGGAGGGUCUCCACGCCUUCACUUCCUCAUAACUGCUUACACGCCUCUCACCACGGACCAGUCAGUUGCCAGUAUACGUAAAACCACAGUGCUGGAUGUGAUGAGGCGAUUGCUGCAGCUCAAGAAUGUCACGGUCUCCAUCGGCAGGGACAGACACACCAACCGCUGUUACAUUUCCAUCCUCAACAUCAUCCAGGGAGAGGUGGACCCGACUCAGGUACACAAAUGGGAUGGCCCCCACAGCUUGCAGCAGAGCUUGCAGCGAAUCAGAGAGAGGAAGCUGGCCAGCUUUAUCCCCUGGGGUCCUGCCAGUAUCCAGGUGGCUUUGUCAAGGAAAUCUCUGUAUUUGCCUUCCGCUCAGCGUGUCAGUGGAUUCAUUAUGGCAAACCACACCAGCAUCUCCUAUGAGUACUAUACUCUGUUUGACAGAACAUGCCGGCAAUACGAGAAGCUGAGGAAGCGAGAGGCUUUCCUGGAGCAGUUCAGGAAGGAGGGCAUUUUCAAGGAAAAUGACGAGCUGGACAACUCCCGGGAGAUCGUGCAGCAGCUGACUGAGUACAGCGCUGCCCCACGGCCAGAUUACAUCUCCUGGGGUGCGCCGGGGCAGUGACCUCCCCACCUGCAGGGGGCGCAAGCAAGCAUCGGCAGCAUUUCAGUGAAUGAACUGAAAACAACACAUCCAGAAGAAUUACACUGAGUGCCCGUGUCCCAGUCUUGCUGUUGAUAGCAGAUCAUUAUUCAAUUGUUUAGGGUUAAAAGUAUGGUAUGUUGUCUGUCAAUUGUUGCUUUACUGAAGAGAAAAGGACUUUCAUUAGGUUUUUAGAAAGCCACUCUAAUGUAACAUUACUACUUCAGGACUCACGUUUAGGUUAACCAGGGAAUAUGGGAUUUCAGUUUUUCUUCAUCACAUUGCCUCUUAUCCCAAAAGGAAGUUUGUUUGCAAACGUUUUUUAUUGCUUUAAAGUUGAAGUGACAUCAGUUUUCCAAUCCCAGAAUACUUUCAGUACCAUUUUUUGCUGUCCAUAGAAGCUGAUUAACUCUUUGUGUCACCCCCUUGUGUUGCGCAGUUAGAUGGAGGUGAAUGGCAUUCUAAUUGGAAAGGGACUCUGUCAGGAGAGGGCUGCUCUAUAGUGUACCUUUAAACAUUUCAAACUGAAUAAAAGGUUUUAGAAAUGAAAACAUUCAACUGCACAACAAAGGAGCAGUGAAAUGGGUAGUGUCAUGUAAUAAAAUACAUUUUAAAACAUGUUACACCUUUUUAAGGGAAUGUAAAACCAUGUAAUACUUAUUCAAGCAGGAAGUAUGUUUUUGUGUUUAAACAGAGGCGAGUUAUUUUAAAUCCCUAACAGUUUAAAUCGAAGUUCUUAAGACAAGUGCUUGUUUGUUUAUUUAUUUAUUUAUUUAUAUUUUUACUUUGCCAUGACUCAAUAAACUGGGAAUAUUGUU